UCUCCCAGUAAAUACUUCUAGUUAACUUCGGAUCAUCAACAACAACAUGGCAGAAACAUUUUACUUUAAAUUAUUUAUGUUUUUUCUUCUGCCUGUUUCUGGAUCCGAUCCAGAGGUUUCCUGUGUUUUCAGACAGAGCUGCAUGUUACCCUGUCGGAUCCAGCUUGGCUCUGAUCCGCUCAUCCACUGGUACCAAGAUUCAGCUGGAGAUGUUGGGGUUCACUCCUACUAUGAAGGCAGAGAUCAGCUGGGUUACCAGAACCAGAACUUUCAGAACCGGACAUCACUGAUCCAGGAUCAGAUCUCUGGAGGAAACGCCUCCCUGCUGCUGAAGGAGGUGAAGAUCCAGGAUGAGGGAAGAUAUAAAUGUUACACCAGCAUCAGAACAGGAUAUAAAGAAUUAUUUAUAAACCUGAAAACAGAAGCUCCAGUCUCUGACAUCAACAUCCAUCAGGAUGGAAACAGGAUCACCUGCAGCUCAGAGGGGAUCUACCCUCAACCUGAACUCACCUGGUCCACUGAGCCUCCAUCCAACACGACUCUGAAUGAAAGUACCAGGAUCCAGAAAACUGAAGAUCAGCUUUAUGACAUCAGCAGCUCUCUGACGGUUCCAGACGGUUCUGAUCGGAUCUACAGCUGCACCAUCAGAACCAGGAGCAACAACAAAACAGCAACUUUAAACAAAACAGGACGUUCACAUCAAGAAGAUUUUCACAACAAGAAGCUGAUUGGUGGUUUGGUUGCAGCAGCAGUGGCUGGACUGAUUAUAGGAGUGGUAGUCGGGUAUUUAUGUAAAAGAUGUAAAAGUAAAAAGAGUAAAAAUGGAUCAGAAUCACAAUCAGCAUCAGGUGGAAAACCUGAAAACAAAAUGGAGACGGAGAUGGUCCAUUUAAACGGUAAAACAAAAGGAUCUGACAGGAGGAAGAAUGAAUGAAAACAGGAAAAUAAAGAAAAUUCUGUCAUUGAGGAACCCAGAGAGACGGACAGCUUGGAAACACAGAAGUGAUUCCAGAUGUGCUGCAGCUGUGAGGGGGAGGAGCCUAAAGGGAGAGAAAGGAGAAAAAUGACUGGAAACAGGAAAACCAGACAAACAGGAGACAGAAAAACUAGAAAACACAACAAAGAUCCAAAACAUGAAGAAUCAACUGAACACAAAAUGACACAGAACUGAAGUUCAUGACAGCAGAAAGUUGGACCUUAAUAAAACUUUCAGAACUUCAAGAACUUCAUCUCAUUUGAAGGAAAAGAGACAAAAACUGCAAAUUAAGAUCAUUAUUUCAUGUUGAAGUGCUUUAUUUUUUCUGCCUUGAAUAUAUAUAUUUUUAAUAACAAAGUAUUAAACUGCUUUAUUUUUACUUGCACAGUUUAGGAACCAUUUUCAUAAUUGAUCCCUGCAGAAAAUCAGCUAUAAAUCUGAUCAGAUAUUAAUAUUUAUCAGCCAGUAAGAUUUUAUUAUGUUUAGGAGAAAAAGUGAAACAUUAAUCUCAGAUUUGUCUCAGACAGGCAAUAGGUCAUUAAUGAUGUUUAUGAACCAAAUAUUUUUAUUGUUUAAUGUUAAUAAUUAUUCAAAGAAGUUUCAAAAAAUCCUGACAUGUUUUAAUGAGAUAAAAGUCAUAUUUAUCACUUUAGCUGCCUUUUAAAAAUGGGAAUUAUGAGACAAAAUAGGAUAAAAAAAGAAAAUAAAAGGUAAUAUUGAUCUCAUAACUUUCACAUACAGAAAGUCCUAAAAUAGAAGUUUUAUAGAUUAAAUGUUAAUGAUGAAGGAAAUGUCUAAUAAAAUGUAUUUGCUGUAUAAAGACGGUGCUGAACUGGAUUAUGGGUAAUUUACUUUCUGAACAUUUAUUGCAGCUAAAUAUAAUAAUAGGUGCUUCUUAUUCUGUUACUUCCGUUUUAUAGUGUUUUUUUAAUUUACAACAAGUUGCUUUGAAAUGAAAUGAUAAUCUAAAAUUACAUGUGUAAAUAUGCAACAGUUGUUUCAUUAUGAAUGUUUGAUUGGAUUUAUUAUUGAGUUUUUACAUUCAUAUGUAACAAGCAACAUUUCCUGUUACUUUAAAACAUAUAUUGUUGUUUGAUG